AUGGCCAUGAUUGCGAAACAAGGUUGGAGGCUACUCACUGAAGCAAAUAAGUUGGUUAGUGCGGUUAUGAAAGCAAGAUACUAUUCAGAUUCGAGUGUUCUAAAUGUUAAACUGGGGUCUAAUCCUAGCUAUGUGUGGCGUGGGAUUUAUCAAGCAUUGGAGGUAGUAAGAGCUGGUGCACGUAGAAAAAUUGGUGAUGGUGAAGAUACGAUGGUGUGGAAGGUGCCUUGGCUACCAGACGAUUCGCAUGGGUUUAUUGCCACUGAUGAAUAUCCUCAACUGAAGAACAUUAAGGUUAGUAGCUUAAUGUCUGCUGAUAAAAGUUGGGAUGUUGAUCUACUUAAUGAUCUGUUCUGUGAUCGAGAUGUUGAUUUAAUUACGAGAAUCCCAAUUCCUCUGCGAGAUACCAGAGAUUCGUGCUCUGUGGAAGAAGUUAUGGCAUUGCAACUUCCUAAUAAGAUAUCUAAUCUGGUGUGGAGAUUGUGCAAGGGUUGUUUGCCUACUGCUAUGGCACUGGCAUCAAAACAUGUUGACAUAGAUGUUCGAUGUCCGUGGUGUCAUUCUGAGAUUGAAACAGAUGUGCAUAUUAUGUUUUUGUGCGAUUUUGCGAGGACAGUAUGGCUAACUACUCGUGUAAAUCACCUGGUGCAAUGUACAAUGAAUGAAUCACCUUGUCAGAUAUUUACAAGAGCAUUUGAGAAUGGUACGAGAGAACAGUGUGUUGAAAUUGCUAUGAUUUGUUGGAGCUUGUGGAAUAGGAGGAAUAGAUGGGUCUGGGAACGUAUUAAUGGCUCGGUAUUUGGUGUUCGUCAUAGUGCAAUCAAUUUUCUUGCUGAGUGGAAGGAAGCUCAGGUGCGUGAUGAGGAUCGAAGGCUUAGAGGAGAGUUGGGCCGUAGGGUCUGGUGUCCACCGAAGGAGGGAUGGGUGAAAAUAAACAUUGAUGCCGCAGUGUUCCUUGAUGGUAGUAUUGGUGUUGGUGCAGUCAUUAGAGAUAGUCAGACUAAGUUUGUCAUAGCCAGAGGUCGAAAAAUUGCAGGGGCUUGGAGACCAAGAGAGGCUGAAGCUAUGGCUUUGAUUGAAGCCUUGUCAUGGGUUAUGGCGAAAGGAUAUAAUCACUGUGUGUUUGAUACAGAUUCGUAUGAACUAGCCACUGCUUGUAAUGGUCGACCGGGAGAGGCUUAUUUUGGGAAUAUUGUAAUGGAUUGUAUCCAUAUGUUAAAGCACAUCUGUCCUGUGCUAGUUGAUUUUGCUUAUCGUUCUUCGAAUAGUGCAGCCCAUGUUCUGGCACGAGCUGUCUAUUCUAUGUCAGAUACAGGGGAGUGGGUUGUCACUCCACCUAAAUUUCUUACUCAUGUACUGGAUUUGGAUUUGAAUUAA